UCACACUGACAUGUUUUCAAGUCAAGAAACCGACAUACCGAGCUGUAGAGGGGUAUUCCUAUGUUACACGUUGUGUGCUACUAUCAGUGACUUAUUCAGGAGGUUCCUAAUAAUAUAUAAGAAUUGGUUUUCUAGCAGACAAGAUGUGAACUCCUAAAAAAGGCAGGAACAGACAGGAGAAGCAUUUUACAUAUCAGCUGUGAUGGAGAGUUGGAAACCUAAUCCCAAGGCCCAGCCAUUUGUGCCAAAGAGACAUCACCAUGGGUCCCUUCUGCCUCACAGGUCCCAUGUGUCCCAGUCCAAUAGGAGACGUAUGCUAACCAGAGUUUUUCAGGCUGGCUUGAUUAUAGUUCUGGUUGUAACAGUUGGCAUCAAUCUGACAUUCAUAUUAAACACAAGUCACAAACUACAGUCUACCCAAUCCACCUCAGGUCCUCCAUAUGUUCCCAGCAAAGAUGAAUUUGCCAACAGUGCUGGACGUAAACCACUGGAGAAGCCCAAAGUGUUGGCCCUGGACAUUAUGUCUUCACAGAGCAAGGUCUCUGUUACUGUAGAUGGAGCCACGAUCUUAGAAGAUGCAGCACCAGGGGCUCAUGGCCGAGGUAUCCAUGUUGUAGUUCUCAACCAAGCCACGGGUGCAGUGAUGGCUGACCGUGUGUUUGACACCUACUCCAAAAAGGAAGAUGAAGCAUUAAUGUUGUUCCUCAACAUGGUCACUCCAGGAAGAAUACUCAUAUUUACUAUUAAAGAUGAAGGUUCCUUUAGUCUCACACACCGUGCUCGAGACUACCUGGUAGCUGCAGGCAGCACUAAGGUUAAGGGUCUUGAAUACAGGGACACAUGGGCAAUGGUCACAUACAAAGGGGAUGGUAAAGCUUUAGCAGAGGACCACAACCAUUCUGAUAACUUCCAGGAGUGGGCAGAAGCCGUGCUGCUCAAAGUGGAUGUACCACUCAAGGAAAAAGAAGAACGUGGUUGUGACUGGCCUGAUGAUGAAGUGAACAAAAGACGCAGAUCAUUUUGUGACAAGGUGGAAGGCUAUGGGAGUGUCUGCAGCUGCACUGAUCCGGCUCCUAUCACUUUUCAACCAGACGCUAUCUCCAACAACAAAGUAUCUGAUAUCCCAGUAGCAGUGAUAGCCAGUAACAGGCCACAUUAUCUCUAUAGAAUGCUGAGGUCUCUAUUAUCAGCUGAUGGUGCCAACCCCAACUUGAUUACAGUGUUUAUAGAUGGUUAUUUUGAGGAACCAUUGGAAGUGACCAAGCUUUAUGGCUUGCGUGGAGUCCAGCACACACCACUGGGGAUCAAGAAUGCCAGAGUUUGUCAGCAUUAUAAAAGCAGCCUGACUGCCACUUUCAAUUUACAUCCAAAUGCUAAGUACAUGAUCAUUAUAGAAGAAGACAUGGACAUAUCUCCAGAUUUCUUUGAUUAUUUUAGUCAAACACUGCCAUUAUUAGAAGAAGAUGAGAGUUUGUACUGUGUAUCAGCAUGGAAUGAUCAGGGUUAUGAUGACUCCUCCAAGGACCCCAGCCUCUUAUACAGAAUAGAGACAAUGCCUGGGCUAGGUUGGUUGCUGAAGAAAAAAUUAUACAAGGAAGAGCUGGAAUCAAAGUGGCCAACCCCAGAAAAACUGUGGGAUUGGGACAUGUGGAUGAGAAUGCCUGGACAGAGGAAGGACAGAGAAUGCAUUAUCCCAGAUGUAUCAAGAACAUUUCAUUUUGGAUCUGUUGGACUAAAUAUGAACCCAUACUUUCAAGAAAGCUAUUUUAGCAGACAUAAAAUGAAUACACAGGCUAAAGUCAAGUUAAAAGACAUAGACAAGUAA